CCCUAACCCUCAUGUCCUGACCCUCAUGUCCUAACCCUUACAUUAACCCUCAUGUCCUAACCCUCAUGUCCUAACCCUCACAUUAACCCUCAUGUCCUAACCCUCAUGUCCUAACCCUCAUGUCCUAACCCUCAUGUCCUAACCCUCAUGUCCUAACCCUCAUGACCUAACCCUCAUGUCCUAACCCUCAUGUCCUAACCCUCAUGUCCUAACCCUCAUGACCUAACCCUCAUGUCCUAACCCUUACAUUAACCCUCAUGUCCUAAACCUCAUGUCCUAACCCUCACAUUAACCCUCAUGUCCUAACCCUCAUGUCCUAACCCUCACAUUAACCCUCUGUCCUGUCUCCCUCCCAGGUUUAGAGUGUAUUGUAGUCCUCCCAGACCCUCGUAGCUAAUGGGACUCUAUGUCCAACCUUAACUUUAACCCCUAUGUCCUGUUUCUAACCCUAACCACAUCUCCUGUCUCUCUCCUAGGUAUAGAGUGUAACAUAGUCCUCCCAGACCCCCGUAGCUACUGGGACCCGGUGUUCGGCACCUGCGUCUUCCUCUUUUCCUUCCUCAUCCCGGUUACCAUCAUCAGUGUCUGCUACAGCCUGAUGGUCAAUCGCCUUCGCAGCGUCCGGAUCCUGUCCGGCUCCAAGGAGAAGGACCGUAACCUUCGCCGCAUCACUCGCAUGGUCCUGGUCGUAGUGGCAGCCUUCGUGGUCUGCUGGACCCCCAUCCAGAUCAUGGCUCUGGCCCAGUUGUUAGGCUUCAACCUGGGGAGCCUCCUCACCAUGGCCCUGAUGCACUUCUGUAUCGCGCUGGGCUACGUCAACAGCAGUCUCAACCCAGUCCUCUACGCCUUCCUGGACGAGAACUUCAAGAGGUGCUUCAGGGAGUUCUGCCACCCUGGUCCGUUCCGCCUGGACAGCCGGCAGCAGUCUGGUCGGAUGAGGAGCAUCGCCCGGGAAGUUGCCUACAACUGCAAAACGGCGGACGGGAAUACAAACCCCGCAUGACUAGGCGUGGAGCUGCCUCUGGUCUGCCAGGAGCCCCAGAACAAUCACCACCAAGGGACAGGGAACUCCAACACAGAGCUCACGCAGAUCACUACCCUCUAGCAGCGCGUCGGCCCCCUGGGCUGGGGCCGAACGGGGACGGGCCAGGGCAGGGGCAGAGCCUGGGGGCCAG